AUGCUCAACUACCAAUGCUUAGAAACAAAAUCUCUCUGUGGAACAUCUCAUAUUGAAUUGGAUGGAAUUCACAUUUAUAUUGACCCAGGAAGUGAUGAUAGUUUGGAGCACCCUCCUGUAUCUGAACAGCCGGAUUUGAUUUUGUUGUCUCAUUCAGAUUUAUCUCAUUUAGGAGGAUUAGUAUACGCAUAUCAUAAAUAUGACUGGAAAAAUGCUCAUAUAUAUGCAACUUUGCCUGUUAUAAAUAUGGGUCGAAUGACCAUGUUGGAUGCUAUCAAAAGUAAUCUCGUCGGCGAUAUUACAAAAGAACAAGUCAAUCAAGUUUUUGACAGUAUUAUUGCUUUGCGUUAUUCACAGCCAACUUCUUUGUUAGGAAAAUGUAAUGGCCUAACAAUCACUGCUUAUAACGCAGGGCAUUCUUUGGGUGGUACUUUAUGGAGCCUUUUAAAAGAGUCGGAGAGUAUUCUCUAUGCUGUUGAUUGGAAUCAUUCAAAGGAUAAGCAUCUAAACGGUGCUGCUUUAUACUCGAAUGGGCACAUUUUGGAAGCUUUAAAUCGUCCCAACACGUUGAUCACAGAUGCAAAUAAUGCUUUGGUUUCCACCCCUUCGCGCAAAAAGCGGGAUGAAGCAUUAAUCGAAUCUGUGAUGUCUUCCCUUUAUAAAGGCGGUACAGUUCUACUCCCCGUAGAUUCUUCUUCUCGAGUUUUGGAAUUAUGUUGCUUUUUGGAUAGCCAUUGGUCUUCAACACAGCCUCCUUUACCCUUUCCCAUCUUCUUUUUGUCUCCUACCUCUACUAAAACUAUAGAUUAUGCAAGGAGUAUGAUUGAAUGGAUGGGAGAUAACAUUGUUCGUGAUUUUGGUAUAGAUGAGAGCCUUCUGGAAUUUCGCAACAUACAUACAAUUACGGAUUAUUCUCAACUAUCCAGCAUUGCACCUGGUCCCAAAGUGAUCCUUUCUACUUCCUUAACAUUGGAAUGUGGAUUUUCUCAGCAAAUCUUACUUAAUUUUAUGUCUCAAAACUCGAACGAUUUAAUUUUGUUUACCCAAAAGUCAAGAUGCCAAUCUUCUCUAGCUAAACAAUUUAUACGCUAUUGGGAACAGGCAUGCAAAAAAUUAAUGGAUAUUCCUCCCCCAGUCGGAUUAUACGCAGAACAUAAUAUCAAGGUAAAACGCAUGGAAGCUUUAGCGGGCGAGGAGCUGAAGCAAUACCAAGAACAACAGCUACAGAAAAUAAGUCGGACCGCUGAAGAUAGUGCUUUGGAACUCCGAAAUAAAACAAUAUUGGAUGAAGAUUUGUCUUCCUCUUCUGAUGAAGAAGACGAUGAAAUGGGAUUGACUCCUGAAGCUCCUGGGGCUGCCCUUGGAUCAGCUUUAUUCUUAUCUGGGAAGUCUUUUGAUUUAAACCUUCGUGACCAGUCUGUACAGAAUUUGCAAACUAAGUAUAAAAUGUUCCCUUAUGUUGAGAAAAGACGAAGGAUUGAUGAAUUUGGCGAAGUGGUUAAGCAAGAAGAUUUUGUGAUCAUCAACGAACCGAUGAAUAACUUCGAAGCAGAAGCUUCACCAUCUGAUAGUACCGCUAUAGAUCCUACAGGAAAAAGGAAAUGGUCAGAAAUAAAUGAUGGAAUUCAUGGACAAAAUGAGGACGAAUUACAAGAAGAAAUUCCCUCAAAGAUUGUGGCCGAAGAUUUAAUGAUAAGGAUAUCAUGUCAAGUACAAUUCAUUGAUAUUGAAGGAUUGCACGACGGCCGUUCUUUAAAAACAAUUAUACCCCAAGUAAAUCCUCGGAAACUAGUGCUUAUUCAUGCUACAGAUGAAGAAAGGGAAGACAUGAAACGUACAUGUAGUGCUCUUAGUGCGUUUACUAAGGACGUUUACCUUCCGAAGUACGGAGAGGACAUCAAUGUUAGUAUAGACGUCAACGCCUUUAGUCUCAAGCUUUCAGAUGACUUGAUUCGAAAUCUGAUUUGGACAAAGGUAGGAAACUGUGAGGUUUCACAUAUGCUGGCAAAAAUUGAGAAGCCUUCGGAAUCAGAAAUCCAAGAUUCAGAAGCAAACGAAGAGGAUGCGAAACGGAACGAUGCCGAAAAGGAGGCAGAUCAUCUUCCUGUUCUUAACCCUGUGACAUUGCGGUCAGAUUUGGCUAGAGCGCCACGUGCUGCUCCUCUCCUAGUAGGAAACACCAAACUAGCUGAACUCCGCAAAGCACUUCUAGAUCAAGGAAUAUCCGCUGAGCUUAAGGGUGAAGGUGUUUUAUUAUGUGGUGGAGUCGUUGCUGUAAGAAAACUUAGCGGCGGUAAAAUCUCUAUUGAAGGAGGUUUAAGUAAUCAAUUUUUUGAAGUUAGAAAGAUGGUAUACAAAAUGUUGGCUAUCGUUUAA